AUGUCCAUGAUCAACAGAAUUGCAUUGAGAAGUGCUCGCCCAGCCAUGGGAAUGGCUUUCCGUCCAACUCCAAUGGGUUUGAGAUACUUGUCUGCCCCAGCUGACCCCAAACAAAAGGCCAAUUCAAUCAUUGAUGCAUUACCAGGUAACAACUUAUUGUCUAAGACUGGUAUUUUGGCCACUUCAGCAGCAGCUGCCAUCUACGGUAUUUCCAAUGGAGUGUUUAUUAUACACGAUGAAACCAUUUUGCUUGUUACUUUUGCAAGUUUCACAGCUUUGGUCGCCAAAUUCGUUGCUCCUUUAUACACUGAAUGGGCUGAUGGUGAAAUCAAAAAAGUCAACGAUAUAUUGAAUCAAUCAAGAACCAACCAUAUCGAAGCCGUUAACAAGAGAAUUGAAACUGUUUCAGAAUUGAAAAAUGUUGUUUCAACCACUGAAGAUUUAUUUGCUUUAUCUAAAGAAACCGCUCAAUUCGAAGCUGAUUCAUUCGAAUUAAAACAAAAAUUGGCAGUUUCCCACGAAGCCAAGUCUGUUUUGGACUCUUGGGUUAGAUUUGAACAACAACAAAGACAAUUGGAACAAGAACAAUUGGCCAAAGAAGUCAUCGAUAAAGUUAACAAAGAAAUUGCCAAUCCAAAAUUCCAAGAUAAAGUAUUGGCUGAAUCUCUUAACGAAAUCGAAAAGUUGUUUGCUAAAAACUAG